UCAACCACUAAAAUGUUUGGUUAAAGGAUUUGUUGUUGUUAUUAAAUUAAAAUAGUAAAUAUAAAUAUUAGAAUAAUUAUUAUAAAAUAAAAGAAAUUUAGAUCGACAUGGAAGAUCUGAAUUUUAACGAAAUAUGUAGAAUUUGCCUGCAAGAGGGUAACAUGAUGUCUGUAUUUAAGGUUAGCAUGUACAAGAAAAUGAUGGCUAUUGCUUCUGUCCAGGUUUGGCCAAACGAUGGACUUCCGAGCCAAAUAUGUGCCAAAUGUGCUUCCAAGUUACACAUAGCUUUCCAAUUAAGGAAACAAUGUGAGAAAUCUGAUCUGAAGUUACGCCAGUACCACGAAUUUAUUAAAAAAGCUCCUGUAGAGAGUAAAACUAAUAAUAAUUCAGUUAAACAGAGUAAUGCUAUUGAGGGACAGAUUACAAGCAAUAUAACCCAACAACCUGAAACUCAAGAGAUUAAUCAAAGAUUGUAUAUCCAAUCAAAUAACUCAAUAAAUAGGGACCCAAUAAAAGUAAACAAUGAAAACUAUGACCAUUUUUUGGUGCAAAACCCUCCUUUGCUUCAAAUUAGUUAUACCAAUAUGAGCACUCCAGAAGGUCCCGUACAGGUUCCAGUUUAUAGCAUACCUGGACCACAAGACCAUUUGAUAUACAACAGUCAUACUUCAUAUCCUUUACCACAAGAACAAAUUCAAGCUCAACCAGAUCACAAUAUGAUACAACUAACGGAAAUAAACACACCACCUCCAAUUCAAAUUCAAGAGAAAAUUGAGCAAAAUACUGAAAAACUAGAGGUUAAGAAAGAGCUAGAGGCUGGAAACCAUGGGAGUAAAACCUGUCCCACUUGUGGCAAGGAAUUUAAAACUAAUGUGAAGUUAAAUAGGCAUAUGAAGAUACAUAGACCAAACGAACUGCCACAUAAAUGCCCAAUAUGCAGCAAGGGGUUUUCUCACAAAGGCAAUUUUACAAUACAUCUAAGGAUUCACAGUAACGAGCGGCCUUUUAAAUGUAUGGUUUGUCAUAAAGGGUGUCGACAGGCACAGGACUUGGAGAAACAUAUGAGGACACAUACAGGUGAAAAACCACAUAAAUGCACCUUUUGUCCCCGAGCCUUUGCCACCAGCUCAAACCUGACAGCUCACAUAAGAACCCACACAGGCGAAAGACCGUACGUGUGCUGCGUUUGUCAAAAAGCCUUUUGUCAAUCCAACGAACUGACGAAACACAUGAGAACCCACACCGGAGAAAAAAGUCACGUUUGUGACAUUUGCAAUAAAGGUUUUAACGGGUCCAGCGGCUUAGUAGUACAUCGUAGAAAACAUACCGAGGAAAAUCAACAGUACUAUUGUCCGGAAUGCAAUAAGAGCUUUAAAAUGUCCACCACACUAUACCAGCAUAUAAAGUCGCAUCAUAAAGAACACUGUUUUAAAUGCGAUCAUUGUGCACAGGUUUAUGGUUCGUUGGCGGGCCUAAGAGAUCACCUCACUUCCCAUUUAAUCGGCGGUUUUAUACAAUGUACCAUGUGUAAGGAAAGUUUCAGGGAUAUCGAUGAACUUUUAGUACAUGUAAAAGUUCAUAGGGAAGUUGGGGAUUAAAGGAUUUCUUCCUGUUUUAUUUGUAUAUAUUUUUUAAAUUUAUUGUGUUUCACUGUUGUGAGUUUAUGCAUGUGAUAUUAAAGAUUUUUCACUUA